GCAAAAGCCAUAAAAAACGCAACAGCUGGAAGCGGCGCCACAGAGACGCGCUUGCUCGCAGCCUAGCACCGUCGCACGGACACACCCACCCACCGGCGCCGCCCGCACACACCCCCACCCGGUUCCGCGAUGGAGAAGGCGCUCGUGGAGCGGCUCGAGGCGGCGGUAGCCCGGCUCGAGGCCGCAGCUGCCUCCGGAGCUUCGUUCUCCUCGGCGCCGCGCGACUUUGGGGAAGUCCCGGGGGCGUCGGAUCCGGCGAUCGUGGCCUACGACGAGUUCGUCGCCCAAGCCAUAGGCCGCCUCACGGCCGCGGCCGAGAAGAUCGGAGGCAAGGUGCUGGACGCUACAAAGGUCCUCGCUGAGGCCUUCACCGUCGCCAAGGACCUCCUCAUCCAGGCCAAGCAGCUCCAGAAACCUGCAUCAAUGGCUAAUGCGCAGGAUUUCUUUAAGCCUCUUAAUGAUGUUAUUGGGAAAGCAAUUGCUAUGACUGAAGGAAGGAGGCCCGACUAUUUUAAUCAUAUGAAGAGCGUUGCUGACAGUCUCGCUGCUUUGGCUUGGGUUGCAUUCCUAGGAAAAGAUUGUGGCAUGAGUUUCCCAACAGCACAUGUUGAAGAAAGUUGGCAGAUGGCUGAGUUCUAUAAUAACAAGGUUCUUGUGGAGUACAGGAACAAAGACCCUGACCAUGUUGAGUGGGCUAAAGCAUUGAAGGAGCUCUACGUACCUGGCUUGCGGGAUUAUGUUAAGAAAUAUUACCCUCUUGGACCUGUCUGGGGUCCUGUUGGUGGUGCACCCGUUUCCCAACCAAAGGCCGCUGCUCCAACACCUAAAGCACCAGCGGUUAAGGCUCCUCCUCCACCAGCUCCACCUUCAGCUCCUCUUUUUAGCACAGAGAAAUCUCCAAAGUCCGCGAAGCCUAAAGAAGGAAUGUCAGCUGUCUUUCAAGAGAUCAGUUCGGGCAAACCUGUGACUUCAGGUUUGCGGAAGGUUACUGAUGACAUGAAGACUAAGAACCGUGCUGAUAGAAGUGGUGUUGUUAACAGUACUGCUGCUACGGCUCCUGCUCCUGAGAAGACUUCUCGCGGAGCAUCCUUUGCCUUCAAGUCUGGACCCCCAAAACUUGAGCUUCAGAUGGGUCGCAAAUGGGUGGUUGAAAAUCAAGUUGGCAAAAAGGACCUUGCUAUUGAUGAUUGCGAUUCUAGACAAUCCAUCUAUGUGUAUGGAUGCAAGGAUUCCGUCCUUCAAGUAAAUGGUAAAGUGAACAAUAUCACUGUUGACAAAUGUGCUAAAUUCGGAAUCGUUUUCAAGGAUGUUGUAGCAGCUUUUGAGGUUGUCAACUGCAACGGUGUUGAGGUGCAAUGUCAGGGCACUGCACCAACAAUAUCAAUCGACAACACAUCUGGGUGUCAGUUAUACUUGAGCAAACAUUCACUGGGAGCUUCCAUUACUUCAGCUAAAUCUAGUGAAAUGAACGUGUUGGUCCCUAGUGGCGUCACCGAUGGCGACUGGGUGGAGCAUGCUUUGCCUCAGCAAUACAUCCAUAGUUUCAAGGACGGGCAGUUCAUCACCUCACCAGUUUCUCACUCUGGCGCAUAGAUCUGAUGUUAUCUUCCUUUUUUGUGUUUGUUCUGUUUGGUUGGUUGGUUGGUUGAUGCUGCCUCUGCCUUGUUUCUUAAGCUGGUGGUAUGCUGAGAGUUGUAGCCGUUCUCGGCUUCUUCUGAAGCAUUAGGUGUUGCCUACGGAUUGUUGUUUCCGUUGUCCAUGCUCAGUGCGCGAUGCCUGUAUGUUUAACUUGCACAUGGUUGGUAUAUUUGUAUGGCAAGAAACUACUUGUGUAUGUUUGAGCUGAUCAUUCUUUAUACAACAUGAUUCUCAGCU